AUGCUUGCGUCCUCCCCUCUCGCAUUCUCCCCUCCUGCGAGCCCCCUCAGACCGACGGUCGGCGCGUCCAAGAGCAAUGCACGAGCUGCUUCCAUCCCCGAGGGAGCUGUCAGAGGAUUCGCCACCGUGGGCAGCCUCAUACGCUCCGAGCACUUCACAAGCCGCCUAGACGACGACUUCGAUGCAAUACAGCAAGCGCAAUCCCGGCGGACCUCACAGGAUACCACAGAGCCUCCUUUAGCUGCGGAGAAACCCAAGAAGCGGACUACGAAGAAGGCUGCAGCUACUACCACCGCUGCAGACGGCUCCGAGAAGCCCAAACCGAAGCCUCGAGCGCGCAAAGCGAAACCCAAGUCAGACAAGGAGAUCCUUGACUCCGACGACGAACUCCGACGCCCGCCGCAACGACCUACAAAGUCUCCUUUCUUCGACGACGAUGCGACAGAACCUCCGGUCGACCCUGCGGCACCAGCUGCGGAUGCGCCCAAGCUGACCAAGUCUGGCAAGCCCCGUAAGCCUCGCGCGAAGAAGGUCAAGACUGCGGAAAAUGGGACAGAACCUGCGUCAAAGCCAAAGAAACCGAGGGUCACAAAGGCGAAAGCAGAGGCGGGGAAGGGCAAGCAGGGUGAUGCAUCGGUCGUGUCCGCGCAUUUCGGAGGUGGAGCAGACGGAGGCCAGGAGUCGGCAACACGGCCUUCUUUGGAGGACCACGACACUCAAGCCAAGCCUCAAUCAAUCUGGGAAGUGCCAGAUAGCCCAAAGCCGAAGAAGAAGGCUGCACCCAAGCAGCGACAGCCAGAUCCCAUCGCACAAGGGUUGGAGUUGAAGGAGGCUGUUGUAAGGAGGAGAGAUUGGACGCCGCCACCCGAUACCACAAUCGCAUCGCCGUUCACCGACUCGACCGGAAAGGAGAACGAGACCUCGUCGCAGAACGCGGAUGGCUCCUUUAUAAACCUCCUCUCCAACUUCGCUUACGCACAAUCGCCAUCUGCGCAGACCGCUGCGAAAUCGAACAACGCAACAGGGGCGGUGGCGGCGACAAAGCGGCGGAGAAUCGAGCUUGUCGAGAUACCCAGCAAUAACACCAACUCUAGAGACUCUUCUCCCGAGAAAGGCAAAGCACCGAAGAAGAAACCACGCACCAUCACCGACCUCGUCACAGAGCAGUAUGCUUUGAAGGAUGCACUACCAGUUCCAGACGAUGCGGCCAGCAACUUCUUCGAGUCCCGAGCUUCGACAACUACAACAAAGGUGCCGCUGAACGAUGUGUCGGCGGCGGACGGCGAUGCAGCACCGAAGAAGCCGGUGCGCAGGCGUAACAGCUCAAAGUCAGGCACAGAGAAAGCAGAUCCCAAGCCGAGGUCGAAGAAAGCAUCUUCGAAAGCAGCCGCCAAGCCUAAGCCUGUCGCGGAGAAGUUGCUCAGUCCUUCAUCUGCAAUGUCGCGUCUACAGCAGCAAGACGUCUUGUUCGGAACAUCAAGUCAGCUUGUGCUUGAAGAGUCGCCGACAAUGGUGCGUCAACUACAGUAUGCGCUGAAGGAAUCUGAGCAGGACGUCGACAAUGUUGCGUAUGGCGCGCCGCCGCGAUGGUCACGGCUCGGCAGGGUGGAAGGCAAGCGCGGACUUUGGGCUGCGAGUUCCCGCGACGACGAGGGCGGUAUGCUAGAGCACUUGAAGGACGUUUAUAUACCCGAGCCCGAUCGAACGGAAGACAUCCCAUUACUCAUGGAUGGCACUACCGAUGCGCCUGAUGAGCAAGGCGAUGAUCAAUCUGACUUCAUAGAUAUUGACGAUAUACCACCGGAUCCGCUGCCACCAAUUGCCAUAUCUUCUGAUCCACCAAUGCCUCCUCCCAGCAUUCCACACGCCACCCCAAUGACGAAGUUUCGCAACGAUGAUGAUCAAAUGAAAGAUACGGGCUUCAGGGACAUUGACGACUUCAUGCAAGAGCCUCCACCUUCGGGUCAGAAACCUGUCUCACCAGACAGCUUUGUUGACAUCGACGACUUUGACUUCCCGCCCUCUGCGCAGAUGCGGAAAUCGCCAGUCUCGAUCUUCAAACCUCCAGCCUCAGCACCAACGCCCAUGGACGGCUCUCCCAAGAAGCGCGGAAGGCCGACGAAAUCGCAUUCUGCAAUACCUACAUCAGUCUCCGCGUCAUCGACGCCAAUUCUGAAGCCCCGCGCGAAGUCAAAGACCAGUACUAAGAUGCCAUCAACUCCUCCCACAGGCUCAGGUCGCUUCAUCGACAUAGACGAGAUUCUCGACUCCGAAGACGAAGCCAUGCAGCUCCUCUCCCCCACACCGCCCCGAACAACUAAACAUGUCAACUCGCAACCUCUGUCUCUAAUCACACUCUCUCCCACAACCUCACCCAGCAAGACGUCGAAAGCGAAAGCCUCAGCGGUCGAUCCAAGUCUAGUACCUAUUCACCGCAUACCCACCCCGCUACUCGAAUGGCCAAACAUCAAAGCCCAGGUCUUUGCUCAGAUAACAAGUCAUAUCCGGUCUUUGCCUCCAACCACCGACCCCAGCAAGCCUACCUGGCACGAAAAGAUCCUCAUGUACGACCCUAUCGUCAUCGAAGACUUUACUGCGUACCUCAAUACCCACACGCCCAUCCGCGUGUACAAGAAAGCUACGCAGAAGCAGAUCAAGGCCUGGAACGCGGAUCUCAAGAAGCAGGACAUGGAGGCGCUACAUCUGGGCGUGGGGCCAAGCAGGGAAGGGGAUGGAUCGGAAGUGUUUGCUGUGGAGAAGGAACUGGAGAGCACGAUGGUGCAGGGGUGGUGUGCGACUGCAUCUGUCGGAAGCAGCCAAGACGGUACUGAGACGAGUACCGACCGACAGCGCGUGGGCAUCUCCAUCGAUUUCCUCCUCAACUUUACGAAUCCCUCGGGUUAUCGCCCGUCCGCUGCGAUCGCCGCUGAGGCCGCUGAGCUCGAUGGUGCAGAUGGCGAGGCGCACGUACAACCACACGAUGCAGAUCAGGAUAUGACGCACGACCAGUCGUUUUUUGAGUUCGCAGAUUUACCUUCUGUCUUCUUCAGCUUUCCGUUCGUGGUAUCUGGACGAGAAGUCGACUACGCGUCUCCGAUCAUAAGCGAUGGUCUGACACCUGAACUGGAAGAUGCGUACGCUUUCGAAGUACGCCUGAGGGAUAUGUUGCAGCAGUUGUCUGCUAAGCACGGCGCGAUGCUGGAACGCGGUGAUGCUGUUGAUGCAACAUUCGACUACCAACUUGCUGAAACCGUCUUUACAGUCGGCAAUGUGCGGCACUUUGUUUGGGCAUUUUUCCGCUACUUUCACUACUCGUUUCCCAUUCUGCAUAAGCCGACGUUCGAUAUACAGACGGUCUCUUUCCCGCUUCUACUCGCGCUCGUAUUAUUCGGGUCGCUGCCGACUCUAGAGUCUGAUACCUCCAUUGGCGUACGACGGUUCUCACACGUUGCGGAGGCCUACGUAUUCGAUCAACUGGUGUCACAGCAGAUGUCGCAAGCUGAUCACUCGGCGUGGAUCGACGAUGAGCAUCUCCAGUUAUUGCAAGCAGGUCUACUGUUCUUGGUGUUUCUAAACAACAGUAACGAUAUCGUCACAAGACGGCGAAUCCGCCUCCAGCGCAUUCCGUCGCUUGUCGCUGCUGUGCGAGCUUCAGGCUUGUUUGCGCACAAACAGCAUCACAUCAUUCCCAGUCAAAAUGAACAUGACUGGCAGGGCUUCAUCAACGAUGAAAUGCGAUCGAGAUUGGGCACGUGGACCUGCCUCUUCGACAGCACGCUCUCCGUCUUCUUCAACAAUACCCCGCAAGUUGCUAUCUGUGAGACGAUAGGUGAUCUCCCCUGCGAGGAGAGUCUGUUCAGAGCUGAGUCGGCCGCCGACUUCGCGCGUCUUGCAUCGCAUCAGCUUCCGCGACCACGAGUCGAGACAUUACCCGAACUCAUGUCACGCGCCCUUUUUUCCCCUGUUGCACAGCGCGCUGAUGAGCCCGGGGAAGCCGUCUCACCACCACAUAUGCUGAUACUCAUCUGCGCACUGCUGUCGAUCGUCAUGACAUCCAGAAUGAACUUCCUCACUGGUAUGAACAUAGAGCCGAUGCUCCGCGCCACCGACCGAUGGAAGGCGCUCUGGGAUGUAGUGAGCCGAGAUAGCGAAGGAAAUUUCUUGCCUGAUCUGGGGUUCGAAAAGCACGCCGCGGAGUACUGGUGGCUUACCAAGACCAUCCUGAGGGUCUCGAAGUCGGGAGUCAAUAGCACAGAAUUAAGCAUAACGUAUGCCCUUCUACCAAAGCGGUCGUUCCUCAGUCAGCAAUGUUUGACAAGACAGGACUAG